AUGUCGUAUAACGAUAAUAAUCAUAAUAAUAACUAUUACGACCCCAAUCAACAACCACCUCAAAAUCAUGAAGGUUAUUAUCAACAACCUUAUGACAUUGACACGAAUCAACAAUAUCCGAAUCAACCUCCAAUGUCCCAACAAGAUUAUUACGAUCCAAAUCUUCAAUAUCAUCAACAACCUUAUGAUAUGGAUGGUUACCAAGAUCCAAAUCAAUAUAUGGCUGGUCCAAAUGGUCAACCAAUGCAAGGUGUAAAUUAUAAUGCUGAUCCCGAGGCUUUUUCCGAUUUUAGUUAUAGUGGUCAAACUCCUGGUACUCCUGGUUAUGAUCAAUAUGGUACUCAAUACACUCCCUCUCAAAUGAGUUACGGUGGUGAUCCAAGAUCAAGUGGUGCUUCAACCCCAAUUUAUGGUGGUCAAGGUCAAGGUUAUGAUCCUUCACAAUUUCAAAUGUCAUCAAAUUUACCUUAUCCAGCUUGGUCUGCUGAUCUUCAAGCUCCAAUUAAAGUUGAACACGUUGAAGAUAUUUUCAUUGACUUAACAAAUAAAUUUGGUUUUCAAAGAGAUUCAAUGAGAAAUAUGUUUGAUUAUUUCAUGACUUUGUUAGAUUCAAGAAGUUCGAGAAUGUCACCGGCUCAAGCUUUAUUAAGUUUACAUGCUGAUUAUAUUGGUGGUGAAAAUGCAAAUUAUAGAAAAUGGUUUUUCUCAUCUCAACAAGAUUUAGAUGAUUCAUUAGGUUUUGCAAAUAUGACCUUAGGUAAAAUUGGUAGAAAAGCAAGAAAAGCAAGUAAAAAAUCUAAAAAAGCAAGAAAAGCUGCUGAAGAACAUGGUCAAGAUGUUGAUGCUUUAGCAAAUGAAUUAGAAGGUGACUAUUCAUUAGAAGCUGCUGAAAUUAGAUGGAAAGCUAAAAUGAAUAAUUUAACUCCAGAAGAAAGAGUUAGAGAUAUUGCAUUAUAUUUAUUAUUAUGGGGUGAAGCAAAUCAAGUUAGAUUUGCUCCUGAAUGUUUAUGUUAUAUUUAUAAAACAGCUUAUGAUUAUUUACAAUCUCCAUUAUGUCAACAAAGACAAGAACCAGUACCUGAAGGUGAUUAUUUAAAUAGAGUUAUAACUCCAUUAUACAGAUUUUUAAGAUCUCAAGUCUAUGAAAUUUAUGAAGGUAGAUUUGUUAAAAGAGAAAAAGAUCAUAAUAAAGUUAUUGGUUAUGAUGAUGUUAAUCAAUUAUUUUGGUAUCCAGAAGGUAUUUCAAGAAUUAUAUUUGAAGAUGGUUCAAGAUUAGUUGAAAUUCCUCAAGAAGAAAGAUAUUUAAGAUUAGGUGAAGUUGAAUGGAGUAAUGUAUUUUUCAAAACUUAUAAAGAAAUUAGAACUUGGUUACAUUUUGUUACAAAUUUCAAUAGAAUUUGGAUUAUUCAUGGUACAGUUUAUUGGAUGUAUACUGCUUAUAAUUCUCCUUCAAUUUAUACAAAAAAUUAUGUUCAAACUAGAAAUCAACAACCAUUGGCUUCAUCAAGAUGGGCUGCAUGUGCAAUUGGUGGUAUUUUUGCUUCAUUGGUGCAAAUUUUAGCAACUCUUUUUGAAUGGAUGUUUGUUCCAAGAGAAUGGGCAGGUGCUCAACAUUUAACUAGAAGAUUAAUGUUUUUAAUAUUGAUAUUUAUUGUUAAUUUAGCACCAGUUGUUUAUACUUUUUAUAUUACUGGUUUAACUUUAUAUUCAAAAUCUGCUUAUGCUGUUUCAAUCGUUGGUUUCUUCAUUGCAAUUGCAACUUUGGUAUUCUUUGCAGUUAUGCCAUUGGGUGGUUUAUUUACGUCAUAUAUGAACAAAAGAUCAAGAAGAUAUAUUUCAUCACAAACUUUUACUGCAAACUUUAUCAAAUUAAGAGGUUUAGAUAUGUGGAUGUCAUAUCUUUUAUGGUUUUUAGUUUUCCUUGCAAAAUUAGUUGAAUCAUACUUCUUUUUAACAUUGUCAUUAAGAGAUCCAAUUAGAAACUUGUCUAAAAUGACAAUGAGAUGUAUUGGUGAAGUUUGGUAUCAAGAUAUUGUUUGUAGAAAUCAAGCAAAAAUUGUUUUAGGUUUAAUGUUCCUUGUUGAUUUGUUAUUAUUCUUUUUAGAUACUUAUAUGUGGUACAUUAUUUGUAAUUGUAUUUUUUCAAUUGGUAGAUCAUUUUAUUUAGGUAUUUCAAUUUUAACACCAUGGAGAAAUAUAUUCACAAGAUUACCAAAAAGAAUUUACCUGAAAAUUUUGGCAACAACUGAGAUGGAAAUUAAAUAUAAACCAAAAGUUUUAAUUUCACAAAUUUGGAAUGCAAUUGUUAUUUCAAUGUAUAGAGAACAUUUAUUAGCUAUUGAUCAUGUUCAAAAAUUAUUAUAUCAUCAAGUUCCAUCAGAAAUUGAAGGUAAAAGAACCUUAAGAGCACCAACUUUCUUUGUUAGUCAAGAUGAUAAUAAUUUUGAAACUGAAUUUUUCCCAAGAAAUUCAGAAGCUGAAAGAAGAAUUUCAUUUUUUGCUCAAUCAUUAGCUACUCCAAUCCCUGAACCAUUACCUGUUGAUAAUAUGCCAACAUUUACUGUUUUCACGCCUCAUUAUUCAGAAAAGAUUUUAUUAAGUCUUAGAGAAAUCAUUAGAGAAGAUGAUCAAUUUUCAAGAGUUACAUUAUUAGAAUAUUUAAAACAAUUACAUCCAGUUGAAUGGGAUUGUUUUGUCAAGGAUACUAAAAUUUUAGCUGAAGAAACUGCUGCUUAUGAAAAUGGUGAUGAUUCUGAAAAAUUAAGUGAAGAUGGAUUAAAAUCUAAAAUUGAUGAUUUGCCAUUUUAUUGUAUUGGUUUUAAAUCUGCUGCACCUGAAUAUACUUUACGUACAAGGAUCUGGGCUUCAUUAAGAUCACAAACUUUAUAUAGAACCGUUUCUGGUUUUAUGAAUUAUGCAAGAGCAAUUAAAUUAUUAUAUAGAGUUGAAAAUCCUGAAUUAGUUCAAUAUUUUGGUGGUGAUCCAGAAGGUUUAGAAUUGGCAUUGGAAAAAAUGGCAAGAAGAAAAUUUAGAUUUUUAGUUUCAAUGCAAAGAUUAGCAAAAUUUAAAGAUGAUGAAAUGGAAAAUGCUGAAUUUUUAUUAAGAGCUUAUCCAGAUUUACAAAUUGCAUUUUUGGAUGAAGAACCUGCUUUAAAUGAAGACGAAGAACCAAGAGUUUAUUCAUCCUUGAUUGAUGGUCAUUGUGAAAUGUUAGAAAAUGGUAGACGUCGUCCAAAAUUUAGAGUUCAAUUAUCUGGUAAUCCAAUUUUAGGUGAUGGUAAAUCUGAUAAUCAAAAUCAUGCAAUUAUUUUCCAUAGAGGUGAAUAUAUUCAGUUGAUUGAUGCUAAUCAAGAUAAUUAUUUAGAAGAAUGUUUGAAAAUUAGAAGUGUUUUAGCUGAAUUUGAAGAAUUAAAUGUUGAACAUGUUAAUCCAUAUGCACCAACUAUGAAGAAUGCUGAAAAUGUUGUUAGAAAAGAUCCUGUUGCGAUUUUAGGUGCAAGAGAGUAUAUCUUUUCAGAAAAUUCAGGUGUUUUGGGUGAUGUUGCAGCUGGUAAAGAACAAACUUUUGGUACAUUAUUUGCAAGAACUUUAGCACAAAUUGGUGGUAAAUUACAUUAUGGUCAUCCUGAUUUCUUAAAUGCUACUUUUAUGUUAACAAGAGGUGGUGUUUCAAAAGCUCAGAAGGGAUUACAUUUAAAUGAAGAUAUUUAUGCUGGUAUGACUGCAAUGAUGAGAGGUGGUAAAAUUAAACAUUGUGAAUAUUAUCAAUGUGGUAAAGGUAGAGAUAUGGGUUUUGGAUCUAUUUUGAAUUUCACAACUAAAAUUGGUGCUGGUAUGGGUGAACAAAUGUUAUCAAGAGAAUAUUAUUAUUUAAGUACUCAAUUACCAUUGGAUAGGUUUUUAUCAUUUUAUUAUGGUCAUCCAGGUUUCCAUAUUAAUAAUUUAUUUAUUCAAUUAUCAUUACAAGUUUUUAUUUUAGUUUUAGCUAAUUUGAAUUCACUUGCUCAUGAAAGUAUUAUGUGUUCAUAUGAUAGAGAUGUUCCAGUUACUGAUGUUUUAUAUCCAUUUGGUUGUUAUAAUAUUGCACCAGCUGUUGAUUGGAUUAGAAGGUAUACCCUUUCUAUCUUUAUUGUUUUCUUCAUCUCAUUCAUUCCAUUAGUUGUUCAAGAAUUAAUUGAAAGAGGUGUUUGGAAAGCUUUCCAAAGAUUUGUUAGACAUUUUAUUUCAUUAUCACCAAUGUUUGAAGUUUUCGUUGCACAAAUCUAUUCAUCAUCAGUUUUCACCGAUUUAACUGUUGGUGGUGCAAGAUAUAUUUCAACAGGUAGAGGUUUUGCAACUUCAAGAAUUCCAUUUUCAAUUUUAUAUUCAAGAUUUGCUGAUUCUUCAAUUUAUAUGGGUGCAAGAUUAAUGUUAAUUUUAUUAUUUGGAACAGUUGCACAUUGGCAAGCUCCAUUAUUAUGGUUUUGGGCUUCAUUAUCAUCAUUAAUGUUUUCACCAUUUAUUUUCAACCCACAUCAAUUUGCAUGGGAAGAUUUCUUUAUUGAUUAUAGAGAUUUUAUUAGAUGGUUAUCAAGAGGUAAUACAAAAUGGCAUAGAAAUUCAUGGAUUGGUUAUGUAAGAUUAUCAAGAUCAAGAAUUACAGGUUUCAAACGUAAAUUAAGUGGUGAGGCAUCAGAAAAAGCUGCAGGUGAUGCUUCAAGAGCUCAUAGAUCAAAUGUUUUCUUUGCUGAUUUCUUACCAUGUUUAAUUUAUACUGCUGGUUUAUAUGUUGCUUAUACUUAUAUUAAUGCUCAAACUGGUGUCACGAGUUAUAGAACACCAAUUUUAGGUUCAACUGAUCCACAACCUGUUAAUGCAACUUUAAGAGUUAUUAUUUGUUCAUUAGCUCCAGUUGUUAUUGAUUGUGGUGUUUUAGCUGUUUGUGUUGGUAUGGCUUGUUGUGCUGGUCCAUUAAUGGGAUUAUGUUGUAAAAAAACUGGUGCUGUAAUUGCUGGUAUUGCACACGGUUUUGCAGUUAUUAUUCAUAUUGUUUUCUUUAUUGUUAUGUGGGUUACUGAAGGUUUUAGUUUUGCCAGAAUGUUAUUAGGGUUAGCAUUAAUGAUUUAUAUCCAAAGAUUAUUAUUCAAAUUUUUGACUCUUGCAUUUUUGACAAGAGAAUUCAAACAUGAUAAGGCCAAUACGGCAUUUUGGACAGGUAAGUGGUACGGUUCAGGUAUGGGAUGGAUGGCCUGGACCCAACCAUCUCGUGAAUUCGUUGCCAAAAUCAUUGAAAUGUCAGAAUUUGCUGGUGAUUUCAUGUUAUCACAUGUUAUCUUAUUCUGUCAAUUACCAAUCUUGUUCAUUCCAUUAGUUGACAGAUGGCAUUCAAUGAUGUUAUUCUGGUUAAAACCAUCAAGAUUAAUCAGACCACCAAUUUAUUCAUUGAAACAAGCUAGAUUAAGAAAGAGAAUGGUUAGAAAAUACUGUACCUUAUAUUUUGCAGUCUUGGUAUUGUUUGUUGUUAUUAUAGUUGCACCAGCAGCUGCAUCAGCAGUAGUUGCUGAUGAUAUAUUCGCUAACAUCGGUGGCGAGGGAUCAAUUGCUAAUGGUUUAUUCCAACCAAGAAAUGUCAGUAACAAUGAUACUGGUAAUAAUCGUCCACAAUCAUAUACCUGGUCAUACUUAUCUACAAGAGUAACGGGAAUCACAAAAGGUUACUCAACCAAUCCAUUUUAA